AGACCAUUUAUGUGAUCGUCCUAAACCGCAGCUGCGUAGCAACGACACGGUGUGAUUAUCGUGUCGCUUGUGGCGGCGGUUUGAUCAGAUUUGGGGCUUUAAAGUUGACGUCCCGGGCCUCGGCAGACAGUGCGACCGGGGCUUCUCGGCAUCAUGGUGCGCAUGAACGUUCUCGCGGAUGCGCUUAAAAGCAUCAACAACGCAGAGAAGCGUGGGAAACGCCAGGUCCUCAUCAGGCCGUGCUCCAAGGUGAUUGUGCGCUUCCUGACCGUCAUGAUGAAGCACGGUUACAUUGGUGAGUUUGAGAUCAUUGACGACCACAGAGCCGGAAAAAUUGUCGUCAAUCUCACUGGCAGGCUGAACAAGUGUGGUGUGAUCAGUCCACGUUUUGACCUCCAGCUCAAGGACCUGGAGAAGUGGCAGAACAACCUGCUGCCCUCAAGACAGUUCGGAUACAUUGUGCUGACCACCUCAGCUGGCAUCAUGGACCAUGAAGAAGCCAGACGGAAACACACAGGAGGCAAAAUCCUCGGAUUCUUUUUCUAAAAUGUAAAGAAUGGUGCAAAUAAAACAAGGGGAGUACUUGUA